CAGUCACUGGAGCUGCAACUUUUUUCAACCACCAUGAUGCUGGAUGUUACUGAGCCUUCAGAUCUUCUCCUUUCCCCUCGAGAAAUCCCUAAUAUUGCUCAUCAAGUAAUCAAGCCCAUGCCAUGUGAGUGGGAAGGGUGCACAGUUAUCCUAAACAGUUGGUAUAAUUUGACCAAGCAUACCUUGAGGCACUGUGACCGCAUGUCCAACAUUGAAGGACAUUAUCAAUGCCGAUAUUUAAGAUGUGCAGGUCGCAUACAUGCCACAAAGGAUGCCCUCAAGGCACAUGUGGACAUCAGCCAUCUCGCUCGUCUCACAAUUACUUGUCCAAUCCGAGAUUGUGAGCAAGUUUUUCCGCGAGCAUCUCAGCUCGAGUCACACUUUGAGACCGAUCAUAAAGAUCUCGUCAACAGACAUGUGACUUGGGCCUUUGAGAGGCUUGUUCCUACUGCACCACCAACACGACGAACUGUGACUCAUCCCCCGCCAUUGCCGUCAAAGCACGUACUCGAAAAUUGGCAAUUUACCGCCGCUCCUCGUGUCACACUGCGCCACAAACCAUGUGGCCCACUUGCACCACUGGAACCGAUAUCCCGAAAAUGGAGAAGAUUGGACGCGCCGGACGAGGAUGACUGUGACAGAGAUGACCAUAUCAUUCCAAUGGAUGAUCUUGUCCGUUCGAAUGAAGUCGUCCUCGACGUGCGAAGGAAGCCACUGUCAUUCAGCGAGGAGCAACGGCUCUCGUAUCCUCAAUCCAUGCCUCGCCCACCUCCGCGCGAUGAUCUCGUUUCUACGACCAUCGGUAUUUCUAUCUUCGAGCAGAAGUUUGGAGAGCUUGCGAAAGAUGGAGUGGUCAAUGGCUCGGACAUGCAGCGCGCUUGAUGGAGAAGCAUAGUUUUUUGGUCUUGCGAAGGUAGCGGCGAGAGAAGGAGAGCCUCAGUUGGCCGGUUGAUUGUCAUCGUUGUCGCAUACUGUUGUCGUCGUCCUCAUCGCCGCAUACUCAGGCUGUUGUCGUCGUCCCCGUUGUCGCGCACUGUCACAUCAUUGUCCCAUACUGCCAUACAUUGUCCGUUCGUGAAACGCUCAGGACGUAUGGAUUGGCCGUGUGCCAUGAAGCCUCCCUGACACCAUUGGCCAAUGCACUAGAUGUAACCACCGACGUACACUUCUUGUUUACUCAUGGUGAGGAACAUCG